AGCAUUGCAGGGUCCACCCCAUCAUAGAAGGUGGAAAUGCAGGUACAGUCAACUGUUACAUACACUCCCAGGAACGGGAAUAAAAACGAAGAAGAGCGAGUCACUGUUCCGUGUUCCCACUGAGUCGGUAUCAACGAGUGACCGAGUCGAAAAGCGAGUCACCACUCCCCGCGCUGCAUGGACCCUCUCGAAGCUUUGGUCGCCCAAAUCCAAGGGCUAUCGAGCUCUCCCGGCGACCUCACUCGCCUCCACACUGUUCUAAAGCAAGCCGAUGACUCGCUUCGAUCCGAGUCAACUCGCCUCGCUCCGAUUCUCACACAGCUCGACCCCUCCAUUCACUCCCUCGGGUUUCUCUACAUCCUAGAAGCUUCCAUGACCGGUCCGGUUACCAAAACGCAGGCUGAGGUCGUCGUUCCGAUCGUUACUAGGUUUAUCGGCGCUUGCAGCACGGAGCAGAUUCGUUUGGCGCCUGAUAAAUUUUUAUCUGUCUGUAAGAGGUUGAAGGAUCAAGUGAUGCUGUUGGAAGCUCCAAUACGGGGCGUGGCUCCCUUGUUCAAUGCUCUUCGGAAACUUCAGGCCUCCGCAGAACACUUGACUCCGCUACACUCAGAGUUUCUUCUUCUGUGCUUGUUAGCAAAGUGCUACAAAACUGGUCUAUCCAUAUUGGAUGAUGAUGUUUUUGAAGUAGACCAACCGCGAGACCUUUUUCUCUACUGUUAUUAUGGAGGUAUGAUAUGCAUUGGACAGAAGCGCUUUCAGAAGGCAUUGGACCUUCUGCAUAAUGUUGUAACUGCUCCCAUGUCUACCAUAAAUGCUAUAGCUGUUGAAGCUUACAAAAAGUAUAUAUUGGUUUCUCUCAUUCGUCAUGGACAGUUCUCUACCAGUCUUCCUAAGUAUUCUUCUUCAACUGCUCAAAGGAACCUAAAGAACUUUUGUCAGCCUUAUGUCGAAUUGGCAAAUAGUUAUGGCACUGGCAAAAUUGCAGAACUAGAGGCAUAUGUCAAGGCAAACGCAGAAAAGUUUGAAUCUGACAACAACCUUGGACUGGUUAAGCAGGUUGUAUCAUCCAUGUAUAAGCGGAACAUUCAGAGAUUGACCCAGACAUACUUGACCCUUUCUCUCCAAGAUAUAGCCAACACAGUGCAGUUAAAUAGCCCCAAAGAAGCUGAAAUGCAUGUGCUACAAAUGAUUCAGGAUGGCGAGAUAUACGCAACUAUCAACCAGAAGGACGGAAUGGUUAGAUUCUUGGAGGAUCCUGAACAGUAUAAAACCUGUGAAAUGAUUGAACAUAUUGAUUCAUCAAUUCAAAGAAUAAUGGCUCUCUCAAGGAAACUUACUGCAACGGAUGAACAAAUUUCAUGUGAUCAGUUGUAUUUGUCUAAGGCUGGAAGAGAGAGACAAAGAUAUGACUUUGAUGAUUUCGAUGUUCCACAAAAGUUCAACGUUUAAGGGGCUAUGAAUGAUGGAAGUAAAUCUGGUUAGGGUCCAUUACCCGAUUCCUUUAUCUUUUGUUAUCCCUGGUUCUGAGAGGGGGAGUAUUUUAUUUCACUCCCAAAUGGAAGAGUGCUUGUUCUGUCGUGAACUAGCUCAGAGAAUGUUGAAUUGUCUCUACUUUAUUAACUACAUAAAAUCUAUAGCACAUUCUUUGCACAUGUAAUCAUGUAUGCUCUAUUGACCAAGCAUAAUGCAGUAAUGUUGAGGUCUCAAGGAAAAUAUCCUCUGUUCUCGUUAUACGUUGAAACGUCGGAGUUUACUUA